GUUUCGAAUUCGACGAAAGUGCUUGAAUCUAGGACAUUGGUGACCAUUACACGGGCCUUGACCUCAAAGACAAUCAGUUUGCCCCAAUACUAGGAAUACUGGUGACUGUCGCGACAGAGUAAGAAAUAACAAUGUCUCAAUAUAAAGCCGAAUACCCUUCAGGCGUCACGGUGGAUGAUGACAUUGUUCUCUUUUUGGAGAGGUUUUACGAAGUAUCCGACACCCCCGGUGCGCAUGAUGCAUACGUAGACCAAUUCACGUCCGAUGCUACCUUCAAGCUCGGUUCGAAAACCAGUCAGGGCCGAGAUGAGAUCACCACCAUGAGACAUGGCAUGUGGACUGCCGUUGCGCAAAGAAAGCACACCGUCUACAAAAUAUUCCCGUUUGGAAGUGAUAGCCAAGAAGUCAUGCUGUACGGAAGUGUAGAGUAUGAGCUUCGCGCCGGAGACAAGGCCACCGUGGAAUGGGGCGGGAGAGCUGUGCUCGAGAAAUCAACAGAGGAUGGUAAAUAUAGGAUGAAGUUCUACCAGGUAUAUUUGGAUCCCGCCGGCGCAACCAAGAAAUAAUCCGGGUAUUCUAGAUGAGACGGAGCUCACAUCGCAAUACCGCUUACAAGUGGCACAUCCGGUGCAUGAAUCAAGAGAGUACGGCGAGAUUUGCAAAUGGAUCAGGCCACUCGGAGCCAUUAUUUAACCUCGCGUGCGAAGG